CUUCAGAUUGUUGUGCCCUUCGGCAUUGCUGAUUUAUACUCGCGAUACAAUAUAUUGAUAGUCGAUAUGAAGAGUUAAGGAUUUCGCCGUGGAGACUCUAGACUCGGCAAUGUCGUAAAACCAAAAAUAAUUUUUAUGCCAAGAUAUUCCGUUCGUCACGCGAAUGUGAGGUUCUGUGAAAUUUACAGUAUUCUGGUUGGCGGGUUUCGCGAGAAGGAGUAUCAGCUGUCGGCGCAGAAGAAGAAUGAGGCCGCUCAAAGGUUCGAUUAUUAUCAACAGACGGCGAGAUACUUUCAGAGGGAGGGUGCAAUUGCACGACACUUGGACACCUGGAAUUUCAGGAAUCCCAACAAAGAGCACGAGGAGAAGGCUUGCAAGACUGAGGAUUUGGAUGCCAGGCAAGCGAAGCUUCAGCAGCUUCUGAGGAGCGACGACGAACUUUACCGCAAGGAACUGAAUGAAUUCGACUCCAAGAAGAAGGACAAAGAGGACCAUCCGCCCUUGGAAGUCUUGAAGGAGAAACUCCAGGAGAAGCGUUCAGAACAGCAACUUUACUUUCCGCGUCACAAUUAUUGCGAGAAUGAUCAACAUCAGAGUGGCAAACCCUUGGAGGAAAAAGUCAGCAAGGCCGAUUCUGAUAUAGCUUGGGAGAAGAGCCAUGGUGCUUCCUGGAGAUUUAAAGGGGCAUGUCCUUUCAAUUUGAGAACUGGAGAUGAGCCUAAGGUACUGAGUGCUAAAUACUCUGAAAGGAAUUCUCACACGAGUCUUGGAGAAACCAACAUGAGAUCUGCCACUUAUGCUCCUCAUCGUGAACCUGUUCAGGAUCAUCAUGAUGAUAAAGCUCGACCCUCUCGUGGAUCAUCAAUAUCUUACGAUUCACCAAAUGAUUCGCAUGCUCCACAUUUUGGACUAAAAAAUUCGAAGAAUUAUUGGGAACACGAGGAUAAUGCUUUGUCACCGGAAAUUGUCUCAGAGAAAGAUAAUGUUGAAGAUAAUUCAGUAAAGUUUCAUGAAAGAGAUCAAGAUAGGGCUGAUGGGAAUCAAAAUAGUCCUACAUUUGAGCGAACAACAUCAAUGAAAUUGGAAUAUGGAAAAACUGGAACCUGGCCUGUAUCGUCACCCAGGGAAACAAGUCUUGUGAAGAAGCAUCGUUACUUGGCUCAUAAUGAAAUUAAACAGUUAAUUGAAGAAAUGGAAGAACGUGAAACAGCUGCAUGUCGCACCCAUAAAUGGCAGGAAGCUUUAAGAAUGCAUGAUAUGCGAACCCGGCUGGAAUUCCAACGUGAGCGCGAACUUUUUGACAAUUUAAAUCUGCAUCUGGAUGAUAAAUCCAGGCAAUUAGGUCUGGCGAGCAUUGAGAAACGAGCUUUGCGUUUAAAAGAACGAGAAAAAAUCUGUGAAGAUACGAGUAUGUUCAGCGAAGACGCCAAGCAUCUGUGGAACAAGUGGAAGCACGAGGAUGAAGACGAUCUGGCAAAUUGGAAGGAGUGUGCUGCCAGGGAUAUACUCUUGCAGGAUUUGGAGGACGAGUGGAAGAUUUUUUCUCUCAAGGAUAAAGAGAAGGCCGUCUCCGAUCAGAAUAAUGCCCUCAGGUCAUCAUUACAAGAGGAGCUCGAAUUAUCUGCUUCUAUGAGCUCUGUUCAUCACAGUGAAGCCUAUGCACGCCAUCACGAAUAAUCUUGUCACAAUAUAUAUUUGGCAAAUCAGCUUAUCUUUAUACUUUAUAAUAUUCUAACGACGUUAAAAUGAAAGUACAUUUCAUCGCUAUCCCUUACGCAACAUAGAAAGGAUAUAUAGAGUUCUUUUUGUAUGUUUAAUAAAAUAGAAAGCUUUAGUCAUUUUUUAAA